CGAGAAUGGUAUCAAAAGUCAUGGGAUGAGAGUUCGACGACUAUAAAGAGGGGGACACGCAGCGUUGCUCAUCCCCCUCUUACACCAACAAUCAUCAUACAGAGAUUGCGCACUGCUGAGCCCUUUGCUCAUUCUCUUGAUUUCUUUUCUUUCCGUAGCAGGCUGGGCCUGAUUUAUUCAUUCUUCUCCGAAUCUCCCUGCUUCGGAUUUUGUCUUCUCUCUCCUGGUCAGGGACCAAACCCAUCUUGUUUCCUUUUCGAUUUUUUUUUUCGACGUCUCCGCCAUGCUCGCCCAGCUCGUACCACCGCUGGCGGCUCUCGCAACCCUGGCCAGCGCGCACGGGGUGAUCCUGGCCGCGCAGGGAGAGGCCGGGUCGCCGCCGUCGGUGGGGUUCCAGGUCAACGAUGCGAUCGCGCGCAACUGCACCACCAUCAACCCGUGCCAGAUGGACACGACCAUCAUCCGCGACGCCGAGAUCGCGGCCGGUACGGUCAACAGCUGCGGCCGCACUAAGCUCACGGGCAACAUCGACGUGGGCGAGGCGACCGAGAACGCACUCGCGGCUAAGGCCGUGACCCAGGUCAAGGCGGGCACUCAGCUGCAGAUCACGAUACACCAGGUCAACGCCGACGGUGCGGGCCCCUACUUUUGCGACCUGGACGAGAGCAGCAACACGGGCGUCUUCACCCACAACCUGACCGUGACCAACAACGUGCCCGGCUCCAACGGGCUGUCGCAGGUCCAGGCCAAGGACUUCAACAUCACCGUCGCCCUGCCCGACAAUCUCAACUGCUUCGGCGCCUCGACCGGCAAUGUCUGCACCGUCCGCUGCCGUAACAACGCCCAGGCGGGACCUUUCGGCGGCUGCUUCGCCGUCCAGCAGACCGACAACACCCCGCUCCCGGCCGCCAAUCAGCCCUCCGAUAUCAAGACCGAGGACACCCUGGACAAGAUCAACUUUGAGGUGGCCAGCAACCAGGCGGCCCUGCCGGCCGCUGUCGAGGCGAACCGCAUCGCCGGGGGCACCGAGGCGGAGCAGAACCGCGCCGCCGUCGAGGCCAUCCUCAAGCUGUCCACCACGCUGGCCAACUUCCCGACGCUGACGCCCACCGUGAUCGACGCGGGCACGGCUACCCCGACCCCGACCCCGACCGGUGGUGCCGCUGGCGGCAAUAACAAUGGCACUGGCAAUGGCACCGGGACUGGGACUGGAAAUGGCACCGGGCGCAGCAGAGGGAGGACUGGGAGGAACCGUGGAGGCAACGCUGCCAACGACAACAGCAACAGGAGCAGCAGCAGCAGCAGCAGCGAGAGUGAAAACGGUGAUGAGGCCGAAACCGGAAACUAAGUGACUGGAGAGCAUGCUUUUUACCGCCCGUAUCCCUCAGCAUCGAGCAUGACCGUAACGGCCACCUGAACGACCUGUAUAUAGCAUCUGAGCCUCUUUUGUCUCUCCGUUUAUCCCUCGCAGCAGCGCAUGUUACCUAGCCCAGACCAUGGGUACAAGACGUCAAAAAAAAAGAAAAGAAAAGAAGUGGAAGACUCUUGUUCUUAGUAUACCGAUGACGUGAUAUUCUGCAGUACGACAUGAAAGCUACGAAGCAGGAGGUACGUAGAUAGGUGCCUGUAUAGAUUGGAUUCCGUUCCCU